UGAUAUCAAAAAGGAAGGAGACAGAUCUGUUUUGGUGAGCCAAUCUUAAGGAACAGAAUCACCUGGCAUGUCCAAGUCACCCUGUCUUCUAUAGGACUUGCUUCAUGAACUGCUUCCACUGAGACAGCUUUAGUGAAUUAAAGUUCCCAAAGAACACAAAGAUAAUUUAUUUCUGGAUCGUGGACAGUCUUAAGGAUCCAAUGAUCUCCUUGGGGAGCAUACACUCAACCUUUCAAGUGUUCCUGACCCUCAGGAAGCUCAUAAUGCAAUAGUCAAUGCAGGUGGCUUGGAAAACAUCCCCCACUGUCCCCAACAUCUUCCUCAGAUGAUGGCUGCAGCGGCUGAUGGUCUGGGGAGUAUAGCAAUAGACACCACCCAGCUCAACAUGUCUGUGACAGAUCCGACUGCCUGGGCCACCGCCAUGAACAACUUGGGCAUGGUUCCCGUGGGCUUGCCUGGACAGCAGCUUGUGUCGGACUCAAUCUGUGUGCCAAGCUUCGAUCCUGCUCUCAACAUGAUGACUGGCAUCACCCCCAUUAAUCCAAUGAUACCAGGUAUGGGGCUGGUACCCCCUCCACCACCAACAGAAGUGGCUGUUGUCAAAGAAAUAAUCCAUUGCAAAAGUUGUACUCUUUUCCCUCAAAAUCCAAAUCUUCCACCUCCUUCCACAAGAGAACGACCUCCUGGGUGUAAGACAGUGUUUGUUGGAGGAUUACCAGAAAAUGCUACAGAGGAAAUCAUACAAGAAGUCUUUGAACAGUGCGGUGAUAUCACAGCAAUUCGGAAAAGCAAAAAGAAUUUUUGUCACAUUCGCUUCGCAGAAGAGUUCAUGGUUGAUAAAGCCAUUUACCUUUCUGGUUACAGGAUGCGAUUAGGGUCUAGCACGGACAAAAAGGAUUCGGGUCGGUUGCACGUGGACUUCGCCCAGGCCCGGGACGACUUCUAUGAGUGGGAAUGCAAGCAGCGGAUGCGUGCCAGGGAGGAGCGGCACCGGCGCAAGCUGGAGGAGGACCGGCUCCGGCCGCCCUCCCCGCCCGCGAUCAUGCACUACUCAGAGCACGAGGCUGCCCUGCUGGCAGAGAAGCUAAAAGAUGAUAGCAAAUUCUCCGAGGCUAUCACAGUGCUACUUUCCUGGAUUGAACGUGGGGAAGUGAACCGGCGUUCAGCCAACCAGUUCUAUUCCAUGGUGCAAUCGGCCAAUAGCCAUGUUCGCAGGCUUAUGAAUGAAAAGGCUACCCAUGAGCAAGAGAUGGAGGAAGCCAAGGAGAAUUUUAAAAAUGCCUUAACUGGAAUCCUCACACAAUUUGAGCAGAUUGUGGCCGUUUUCAACGCUUCUACCAGACAAAAAGCUUGGGACCAUUUCUCGAAAGCUCAGCGCAAGAACAUAGACAUUUGGCGAAAACAUUCUGAGGAGCUACGGAAUGCUCAAAGCGAGCAGCUGAUGGGUAUCCGCCGUGAGGAAGAAAUGGAAAUGUCUGAUGAUGAGAAUUGUGACAGCCCAGCCAAAAAAAUGAGAGUCGAUGAAUCAGCUCUGGCUGCUCAGGCCUAUGCACUCAAGGAGGAGAAUGACAGUCUUCGUUGGCAGCUGGAUGCCUACAGGAAUGAGGUGGAACUACUGAAACAAGAAAAAGAGCAGCUUUUCCGAACAGAAGAGAAUCUCACCAAGGACCAGCAGCUACAGUUUUUGCAGCAAACCAUGCAAGGCAUGCAGCAGCAAUUGCUGAACAUCCAAGAGGAGUUAAACAGCAAAAAAUCAGAACUUGAGCAAGCAAAGGAAGAACAGUCACACACACAAGCCUUGCUCAAAGUCCUUCAGGAACAACUAAAGGGUACAACGGAAUUGGUUGAGACCAAUGGGCACAGCCAUGAAGACCCAAAUGAGAUCAACGUGUUGACAGUCUCACUGGUCAACCAAGAUCGAGAGGGUAAUAGUGAGAAAAGAAGCCAAGGCUUAAAAUCAGAGAAAGAAGCUCUGCUAAUAGGUAUCAUAUCAACGUUUCUUCAUGUCCAUCCUUUUGGAGCCAAUAUAGAAUAUCUAUGGUCAUACAUGCAGCAGCUGGACUCCAAGAUAUCUGCAAAUGAAAUAGAAAUGCUUUUGAUGAGACUGCCACGCAUGUUUAAACAGGAAUUCACAGGCGUGGGAGCAACACUGGAAAAAAGGUGGAAAUUGUGUGCCUUUGAAGGAAUUAAAACUACCUAAGUGUGAAGUGGGAAAAUAAAAACACCUCUCUGGAAAUGAAUCCCGGCCAGAACUGUACAUUGCGAAAGCAGGUUUGGGGCGGGCCCGUCCACGCAGAAACGACGCAAAGACUGAACUGUAGUGACAUCUGUGGCGUUCUCUUGUGAGUGGAAAUGUGAUUGUGUACCAGUUCUUUACAAAUAAACAAAGUUCCAUACUGUGACAGAUCUGAUUCCUAGGAAAACCAAUGACUUCGUAGCCCUAACGAUGGCAACAUCUUAAAAAUAGGCCACAUUGGAACACUGUUCACCAAGCAAAAUAUUUACUUUAAUAAUGGUGUAGUAAUGGCUGACACUAGGCUACAAGUUGUAUAUGUAAUGUAUAGCUGAAACCAUUAAAUAACAUUUUCCUAAAAGUCUUUCUGUUUUAGUAAGCUGUAGUUUUACAGUGAGGAAAAAGAAUCAUACCAAAAGAAAACUUGAAUAUGUUGUCUGAACAUUUAUUGUAUUUUGUAAAUUAAGUUAUAUGCUGUUCCAGGGACUUUAGCCUUUUUGAAGAGGCAGAAAAUGUGAUUGGACUCCUUGAGAAUGCUUUAUCAAGAAUAUUAUUUUUCUAAUGUAACAAUUCUUCAUCGUAAGUUCUUUUAACAUAUACUGCAUAACAAUUUUCAUAAAAUGUAAAUAAAGGAAAAAUUAGUGCUA